AUGACUACUCGAUCGAUCAUCUCCAACAUCAGAGCCACACCUCGUCUGUUUCCUGGGCCAAUCUCUUCACCAUCACACCAGGCUAAACUACUUCGACUGUCUCACCAUCGACCAGUCUCGUCGUCAUCAUCAUCAUCAUCAUCAUCAUCAUUAUCCUCCACCGGCAACCAUCAGGAACAAAGCAAGAAUACCCGCUCUGAUCGGGUCCUCGUCCUCGGCCUCCUAACAUUCACUACACUCCUUGGUAUAGGCAUCGGCACUCGGGCGAAAUGUUUUCAGGACGAGAAACCACGUCAAGAAUCCAAAAAUUCCUCUGAUGAAAGUUCAUCCAAAAAUCCAUCUGAAAAUCCAUCCCAGACCCCAUCCGAAAACUCUGAACAGGAGGGUGCUUUCAAUCCAGAAACGGGAGAGAUCAAUUGGGACUGUCCAUGUUUAGGAGGUAUGGCACACGGGACAUGUGGAGAACAGUUCAAGGCUGCGUUCAGUUGCUUUGUGCAUAGCGAGCAAGAACCGAAAGGGGUCGAGUGUAUCGAAAGAUUCAAAGACAUGCAAGAUUGUUUCCGAGAACAUCCCGACGAAUACGGGCCUGAGCUAACGGACAGUGAGGACUCGACUCCGGACGACGAGUCUGCAAACUCGCCCGAUGAGCCCCCGAACUCACCCGAGGAACCUCUGAAUUCGCCCGCCGAGCCUUCGAAUGCGCCCGCUGAGCCUCUGGGCUCGCCCGACGGAAUCGUCCGAGAAGACCCAUUGCAGCAGAAAUAA